ACAAGCGGGCAGCCACCUUGCCGUCCAAGUACGACGGGAAAACGGAUAUCACCUCUUGGAUUAUUUUCAUGCGGUCAUACUUCGAGGUCAUGCGGACACCGCAAGAAGACCGAAGCAUGAUCAUGGGCACUUAUACUGAGGCCGCCAUACAGAAUCACAUUGAACUCCAAGCUGUUGCUGCAGGUUAUGAAAGAAUUGACCUGACUGAGUGGCUGGAAGUAACCCCUGUACACGCCCUUGAGGACCUUCUCAUCACACGGUACCAGGAUAAGCAUGCUGCGCUCAAGGCUAGGCUGAAGCUUGAGGCCCUCAAGGGCCAAAAAUGGAGGUCCUCCAUGCAGGCUUUGGAACAACACUUGACUGGUCUGUUCACCACUCCAGAUCUGGGAAUGACCGACGUGUCUUGUAUGGAUGUAGUCAUGGGAGUGGCCCCUAAAGAAUACCCCUCCCUGUUAGCACUCAAAGACCAUACCUCCUGGCGAGAGCUCAUGACGGAUCUAGUCAACCUAGAGGCCAAGGACCUCGCCAGGCGGAAGAAGGCUCCCGUUGCAGGUGGAAAACCACAACGCAAGCGGUAUGGAAGCAGCAACCAGCUUGCCCUGCAUGAACAUCGGGAGGCUGAAGAUCAGUCCUACGCAGAUGAUCUGUCUCUAGAUGUCGAUCUAGAGCCGGAAUCCGAUAUGGGUUGUUCCACAUCAGUCAUUGAGUCUUACGUGAACGAAGACGAAAAACUUAAUGCGUUUAAGAAGACUGCUUCAAACAAGGGGCCUAACCGUUGUUCGGGUAAGGGAACUGUUAUCCACCUCCCCAAGAAUGCGAAGAUCCCUAAGAAACCGAAGGAUGCGUCUACCAAGCCUUGGGAAGCCCUCCGUACCAGUCAAAAGGAAUGGGAAAGAAAAUCUAAAUUGCGCAUAUGCUUGCAUUGUCAAAAGCCUGGGCAUGCUGUGCAGGACUGUUAUAGACAAGCAAAGGGCGUAGAGGAGUCAUCAACACUCCCUACAACAAGGGAAGCUGGAACAUCAGUUGCAGGCCCCUCUAAUGAGCCUGAAUUUGAUCAACAGCCUACUCUUGAAGCCCGGAACGACGCUGAUUCCAAGGCUGCUGCAGUUCAUGUGCUAUACACUGAGCCUUGGGAGGAGUCUAAGGAAGUUGACUUCCACGCUCACAUGGAACAUUGGCUGCAGCUCAAGCAGCAACGCCGUGUUCAAGGGAGUGUGGAGCUAACCUUCUUUAAACUGCUCAUUAACCGCCGAUAUAUCCGCGUGCUGAUUGAUAGUGGUUCAACCACUAAUUUCUUUUCUCCUAACGGGAUUCGUAAGGCGGGUCUGGGAAUGAAGCAAGUGGAACUGCAGAACCCUUGUCAGACCCAGGUGGGCAACCAAGAGGUUGUCACCUCUACACAUGCUGUCAAAUGUGUGCGCGUCACCUUUGACAAGGACCGCACUAUCACACAUGAGCUCAACUUCUAUGUCAUGGACAAGUGUCCGUUCGACGCGGUCAUUGGUUUGGGCUGGUUAAAGGCUCAUUGCCUAAGGACCACGUGGGCGGACAAUCAGUUCAUGGUGCGUGAUGCCAAGGGGAACGAGCGUACUGUCCUAUUGGAUGAGAUGGGCGAGUCCCCUGUGACUCUUCUAAGUGGGUGCAAGGUCUUCUCCAAGAUCGACCUCAAAUCUGACUACCACCAGAUUGAAGUUGAUCCGAGUGACCAGCACAAAACUCCAUUCAAGACACGCGAUGGGUUGUACGAAUUCAUCGUUAUGCCCUUCGAUCUUACGAAUGCACCAGCCACAUUUCAGAGCCUCAUGGACAAAGUACUCCGCCAUCAGCUCAACAGGUUUGUGGUUGUGUACCUUGAUGAUAUUCUGAUUUUCAGCAAGUCCAAGGAAGAGCACCUCAAGCACCUUGAGGAGGUCUUGCAGGUCCUCAAGGAGGCACAACUGCACCUCAACUUAGAGAAAUCUGAGUUCGGAAGGGACAACGUCAUCUAUCUUGGGCACCGGUUGUCUGCAAACGGCCUUGAGCCAGAGGCAACCAAGGUGGAGGUCAUACGAAAUUGGCCUCGACCAGCGAACGUACGCGAACUGCGUUCUUUUCUUGGUUUGGCUUCGUACUACCGGAAGUUUGUGCCAAAAUUUUUUGUCAUUGCUCACCCAGUCCCAAGACUAACCAGUAAGAAUGUUGCCUAUGCGUGGUGUGAGAAGUGUGAGACUUUGUUCCAAGCUUUAAAAGAGGCAUUGGUGAGUCAUCCUGUGCUCCGCAUUGUGGAUCCUAACCUCACAUUCGUAGUCACUACGGAUGCGAGUCAGUUUGGGAUUGGUGCAGUGCUGCAACAAGAUGAUGGUGAUGGACUGCGUCCGCUCGAAUAUUACAGCAAACGCAUGCCCAACCACAAGGUAGCUACCUCCACAUACAUGCGUGAGCUCUACGCCUUGCGCGAGGCGCUCACACAUCGGAAGCACUACCUUUUGGGUCGGCAUUUCAAGGUCUACUCAGAUCAUCAGACCUUGCAAUUCAUCAACAAAGAUUGGAAGGACUUCAUCUCUCAAAUCUAUGACAUUAAACUGAACAAGACUUCUGGUCGACACCCCGAAGCCAAUGGAUUGGCCGAGGAGAUAAACCAGACUGUCAUCCAACUACUUCACGCAUUGAUUGUUCCAUAUCAGAACACAUGGGACAAGGAGCUGCACAAAGUGAAGGGAUUGUAUAACAACUCCAUUCACUCUGCAACUGGCGUGACACCAAACCAGUUGCAAUAUGGAUGGCCGAUGUGUAAUCCCCUCUCCUAUCUGUUCCCCGAACGGUCACCUGGUCUGAUGCCCGGCAUGCCCGACUACAAUGCCAAGUACGCACGCUUGCUCAAAGUUGUUAUUGCAGUCAUGAACAAGCGUCAGCAUGCCAUGAUCAAACAUGCCAACAAGUUCCGCAGAGAAGAAAAAUUCAAAGUAGGGGAUUAUGUUUGGGUCAAAAUGUCUGAGUUUUCUGAUGAAGAGGGCGUAUCACGGAAGCUUCUUCAGUUGUACUAUGGCCCUUGGCAAAUUCUGAAGGUGAUUGGGGAUGAUUUUGGUCCUUCAUUUGUGAUUGACGUGCCUCCUCAUCUGCGCAAGUAUCCGGUCUUUCAUGCGUCCAAACUGUUCCCACACAUUGAUGAUGAGACUUUUCCCUUCCGAGAUCCUAUGAUACCUCGCUCUAUCGACGACGGCCAUGAGAUAGACAAAAUCGUUUCUCACGAGGGAAGAGGGAGGAACAGACAGUACAAGGUUCACUUCCUCUAUCACCCGUUGACUGAAUUCUUCUGGAUCGACCAAAAAGAACUGCUAAAGAAUGCUCCCCGUGUUGUGAACGCUUAUAAACGACAGAUCGCUGAGGGACAGACUGCUAAAUUUGUUGCAACCAUGACUCCUCAUGGACUUACUAAGUCUCUCCUUCUGAUUUACUCUUAUGAUGCAUUUUGUGCCAACUCUGAAUGAGUUACUCGCUCGAAGGGACCUCGCUCUUGAGAGGGGGGUAAUGUAAUGACCCGCCAAAAACACAGACUGAGAACACUGCUGAUUUUUGGGAUUUGCCGCUGGAAUGAAUGCCUUGCUGAAAU